CUCUCUCUUAUGACUUUGGUGUUUGCUUAAUGUUUUACAGGAGACCAGAUAGAAAUCCAUUAGAUCUUAACAAUCUCCCUGAUGACAUCUCUAUAGAUCAUAAUGAUACACAACUUCUUCCUGACAUCAUCUCCUCACCACCAGUUACAGGUUAUAAGGAAAAAGAAGGCGGCGAAGAUGAUAGAAAAGACGAGUGUGGAAAGGUCUACGAAUGUAGAUUUUGUUCCCUCAAAUUCUGUAAGUCUCAGGCUCUUGGAGGACACAUGAACCGUCACCGCCAAGAGAAGGAAACGGAAAAGUUGAACAAUGCUCGUCAGCUUCUCUUACGUAAUGAUCAUAACCUUGUUGCUCAAGCUGCCCUUCAGUUAGGAUGCUAUCAAACAAUGCCGAUGAGGUUUCCAACGUCUUUCUCUGGUUCAUCCGCCUCCUCAAGUCAAGCACCAUCUCAGGUUCAGGUUCAGCAGUACUUGUAUAAUUCAUCUUCAAGGCCAAUUUCAUUCCCUACACGAUUCAUUCCUCAGCAUCAACAAAUGAACGAUUACCGUGGAGGAGGCGAUAAGUCAAGUUACACAUGCAUAGGUGCACCAGUUGGACAAAGUUUUCCAGAUCAUACUCCAACGAUCAAUCGGUUUCAAGAUGGUAAUAUGUAAUGCUAUCAUAAAGACACGUUAGAGAGAGAUGAUGAAUUAAUUAAGGUUGUGGUGACAGAUAGCUAGGGUUAUGAGUCAUCAUGAGAUGAGAAACAACAGUAACUAGGUGGUGCAGCUUUUGAGAUCAUUGACAACCUCAGCUACUUUGGCAUGGAGUUGUGGGAAUGUCUUUUGUAUGUUGGUUAGGUACAAAAACAAGUUGGAUAUGAACUGAAAGUUUGUGUCACUUCUUUUUGCAUCUCAAUUACCAACAAUUCUCCUAGUAUUUUAUAU